AUGCCACCGGAUUCGCAACAUCCUUACAAGCGGACAGAAGCCGUAUACGAAAGGGGUAAAUACAAUCACAAGACCCGCAUGGGCCUCAGCAAGCGUGUUAUGGGUACACACGUGACGUAUAGGGAUGCUAUGCUGGUCAAUAAGUUUGAACCCGAUCCUCCUAAAUUGGAGGUUAAAUUUAAAACAACCAGAUAUAGCGUAAAUUUAUUUUCUAAAUUUUUGAACGCUGCUCCUUUUGUUAGUCAAAGGAUUGCUUACUGUUGCAUUCAUCCUCCAUUUUGUUGUUGCGUUUCAAUAGUGUUAGGAAGGGAGCUUAACACUAGACUUCAUUGUCAUUUCUUCCCCGAGCUUCAUCUUUCAAAAUUGUCCCAGGAGGAGAGGGAGUUGAAGCAGGAGAGGAGAAAGCAGUCAAACAGAGAAUCUGCCAGAAGAUCCAGGUUACGAAAACAGGCUGAGACUGAAGAGAUUGCUAUCAAAGUCCGAACUCUAACUGCUGAGAAUACUACCCUAAGAUCAGAAAUUACUCUGUUAACUGAAACUUCUGAUAAACUUAGAUUACAAAACUCUGCUCUAAUGGAGAAAUUGAGGAUGGUGCAACUAGGUCAUGAAGAAGAUACGAUGGCUGACAGAAUAUAUGACAACGAGGCACCAUCUAUUGUGAUAAAGAAUCUUUUAUCGACAAUAGAUAACUCCAGCCCUACUUGUGGUGCCUAUCAGAUGGAGGAUGAUGAGUCUUAUGACAGCUCCAGUGGCAAACUGCAUCAGCUCCUUGAUUCAAAUACUAAAUCAGAUUCCUCAACUGCAAGCUGACAUUACUCAGCUAUUUGAUAACAAGGUGAUUCUUGGUAUGAAAAAGUGGCACUGGGAAACUACUAACUGUCAAGGUAUGUGGAAUGGAUUGAGGCAUUGUUCAACUUGGGUUGAAAUAUUCUCAACGAAAAAUGGAAAGAAAAGAUUGGGAUGAUAUCCCCUCAUCAAAACUUAUGAUUUAAGUUUUGUGGAUGAAUAUUAACAUAUUUUUUACUCCGACUUUACUUAUUUGUGCACUAUAACAUAUGUAAGAUCCGUUCAUGGUGUUUAUGUUUUUCAAACCCAUGUUGCCGGCGAUCAUAAAUCACAUCCACUGAUGUAUAUUUAAGUUGAAAGAAAGGUACAAGGCGUGAUCAGCUUCUGUUAUGACUA